AUGGCUGCAGAAAUGUUUCGGGCAGUGCCUUGUUUCUCAUGUUCAUUGUUGUUUCUCUUGGUUCUGUUUGCAAGCCUCAUUGUCCAGCAUUGUUCCGGAGGUGAUACCAUUUCGUGGAGUCAAAGUCUCAAUGGAAACCAGACUAUUGUGUCCAAAGAAGGCCACUUUGAACUCGGAUUCUUCUCACCAGGUAAUUCUAAAAACUUCUACAUUGGUAUCUGGUAUAAAAAGGUUUCACCACAAACAGUCAUCUGGGUGGCAAAUAGAGAAGUUCCCAUCUCCAACGCUGCUUCUUCCGAACUAAAGAUCACUGAAAACGGUAACCUGGCUCUUCUUGACCAUAAAAAGGCCAUUGCAUGGUCAUCCAAAUCAGUAUUGCAUCAAGCAAAUUCCACCGAGGCAGUGAUUCUUGACACUGGUAACCUUAUACUGAGAGAUAGCUUGAAUUCAUCCAGCAUAAUAUGGCAAAGUUUUGAUCACCCUACUGACACCUGGGUGCCUGGAGGAUGGCUUGGAAUGAACAAGAUUACUGGCGAGUACCAGAGCCUCACUCCUUGGAAGAACUCAGAGGAUCCAGCCCCUGGACCAUUCAUAGACACCAUUGACCCCAGUGGUCUGAACCAGUUCCUGCUAAUGUGGAAUGGAACUGAGGUAUAUUGGAGAAGCGGAGUGUGGAACGGCUACAGCUUCAGUGAAACCCCUGGAAUGAAUAGGGAUCCUGACUACAUCACCAAUUUUACUGAUGACCAUGAGAAGAGGGUGAUCACACAGGCUACAUCUUUCAAAGAUGUUUACAUACGAAACAUGAUGGAUACGUCUGGACAGAAUAAACAAUGGCUGUGGACAAUUGAAACUCAAGCGUGGAUGGUGGUCUGGUCUCAACCAGCUGCAUGUGAUGUCUACUCUGUUUGUGGUGCCUUUGGCAUCUGUGACCUCAAUAGCAAAACCUUGUGUUCAUGCCCCCUUGGCUUUAAACCAGUAUCAGCAAGGGAGUGGGACUUGAAUGAUUGGAACUCCGGAUGCACAAGGAAAACAAACCUGCCAUGCAGUAAUGAUAACUCCACUGUCGCAGAAACGGAAGGCUUUCUAGAGAUGUAUAUCACAAGAUUACCACCAGGAUCACAACCACUGACAGGUCUCACUGCUGAAGAAUGCAAACAAGCAUGCCUCAAAAGUUGUUACUGCACAGCCCUACUCUUAUGGCAGCGGAUGCUUAAUAUGGAGUGUGGAUCUCCGAAACAUUGA